AUGACCACACGUCAAGCUCUGGUGCUGGUUGAUCCUCUCAACGAGUUCUUACAUCCUGAUGGCAAACUGUAUCCACUGUUGAAAGAGAGCUUGGACACGACCGGCACCCUAGCCAACAUCCGCCAGCUUGUAAACGGUGCUCGUGCGGCGAACAUUCCUAUCUACUACGGCCUUCACCAAAGUACCCAAGAUGGCACCUACGCGGGCUGGCUACAUAUGCGUGCGAACCACGUUCGCAACAGAGACAAGGGGACGUUUGCUGGCUGGGGAGCUAAUAUCAUCGAGGGAUUGGAGCCAAGUGUCAGCAAUGGAGACGUCGUCGUGAGCAGACAUUGGAAUUCCAGCUCUUUCCGCAACACGGAUCUCGAUUACCAGUUGCGCCAGCGAGAAAUACAUCAUCUGGUCAUGGCAGGGAUGGUCGCCAACACCUGUCUCGAGGCCACGGCCAGAGAAGCUAUUGAGCUGGGUUACACGGUAACUAUGCUCUCGGACUGCACGGCGGGCUUCAGCAACAAACUCAAGGAAGCUGGGGAGGUGGUGUGGCCGACACUGUUCGAAGAAGUCACGACUUUCAACCAGUGGUUGGCGAAGAUCAAGGAUCAGAAAGGUGCUAAUUUGUGA